GGGUUAGGUCCAGAGAGGGCAGGUGCUUUGCCUCAGCUUGCUCAGCAUGCAAGAGGUACAAAUGGCAAUGGAAGUUGGGUCCUGAGCCCAAGGGUUCUGCUCUGCUCAGGUACCACCCUGCUACAGGUUAUGAAAGACUUUGUCCGGACCCGCCGGGGCACGGCCCCCGACUCUCCCUGGGUUAGAGUGAGGCCUGUGCUCCGGAGGCUGGCCUGGGUGGCGUGGGGAGGGGCUGCCUGGUGUCUGCAGGCAUGGUUGGUUGUCUGAGAAAGGAUGUCACAGCCAAUCCUGGCCCUCUCUUGUUGCUUGUCCCAUGGGCGGCCACCACAGGCCCAGCUGAGAGCCAGCCUGGAGGUUACCCAGCAGCAGGCCACCCAGGCCGAAGGCCAGCUACUAGAGCUGCAGAAGCAAAGAAGCCAGAUCCAGAACUCAGCCUGCAUCUUGGCCUCCUGGGUCUCCGGCAAGUUCAGCAGCCUGCUACAGGCCCUGGAAAUGCAGCACACAGCAGCACUGAGGAGCAUCGACGUGGCCAAGACGCGGGUGCUGGCACAGGCUCGAGAUGAGGAGCAGCGGCUGCGGGGCCACUUGGAGGCUGUGGCUCGCCAUGGCUGCAGGAUCCGGGAGCUUCUGGAGCAGGUGGAUGAGCAGACCUUCCUGCAGGAAUCACAGCUCCUCCAGCCCCCAGGGCCUCUUGGGCCACUGACCCCUCUGCA